UCCAAGUGAAGUCAGACUUUUCUGCAACAGUUUCUGGUAAAUCAGAACCGAAAGAGAAGAGUUUCAUUUUCAGUCCUGACAGAUUUCGGUUUUACUAAUGUGCUCCACUUCUUUUGAAGCCUUGAGGAAGAAGUAAUUAAUGCUGGAAUAACACCUAAGAAUCUGAAACUGCAGCAAAUAAUGACUAAUCAAUGUAAUUAAUAUUAAUUAGGGUUGUGUAUAAAUAAUAUAAUGAAUGAGCUGAAGAUGUUUUCAAUCACAAAGAAAGUCUUAAGCUUAAGUCAAGCUGGCAGCAGGUUAAAGAUGAAUCUCAGUUAAACCUGAUAAACACCACCGACCCUCCUCCUCUAUUUAUUUUUAGUCAGCGGCGGCUUCGGGCAUGCGCAGUUCAUGUGCAGCGUGGCCGUGGGUGUCCUCUGCCUGUGAGGCAGAGCGCUGUGACCGCUGUGGGACGCCCGCAUGUGUGUUCACCUCAGAGUCUCCAAAAGUCUCGAAUAACACCAGAAAAGUCGCUAAUCGCUUUUCUUUUUCAAACAAAGUCGCUAGAGGGUCCGAAAAGUCGCUGAGUUGGCACCACUGCUUGACGCUCGUUGUCAUAGUAACGUCCUCCCUCAGCGGUACUCCACGCACGCGCGCUGUUUUGGCGCCGAUUUAUCUGCAAACAGAGAGGUCCCUUAGCUCGCUGAGCGCAGAGCAUAUAAACGCCUCAGUCUCAGUCCGCAAAAGGAGCGGAUUCGGUCGGGUCGGCGAUAACAUUUGCGUGUGAACGCAGCCUUUUGUCGAACCGCCUCGGAGAAACGUUUGUUUUGCUUUUGCCGCCUCAGGUCCAAAGUGCACGUCAGUCAAACGGCGCAGGCGCGCUGUUCAGCAGGAGGCCGGAGCUCCGACCGCGCCACAGGUAGGUCCACCUUUCAUUAAUGUGGCAUUAAUAAUGUUGCUUCCUAUCACAUUUUGUUUGCACCCUAACAGGAUUAUGAAAGCAUCCCAGGCCGAGUGUUUUCUGCGCACCCACCUGUGCAGAAUUGUAGAGCGUGUGAGAAAUGUGGACAGUUUGGUUGACUUCCUGAGUCAACCACGUUCCUCUGAGCAGAGCCUUCUUUCUAAAGAAAUGGUCAGUAAGAUCCGUGCUCAGAAAACAGAGGAAGCUAAAAUGCGUAAACUUUAUGAGCACCUGAACUCAACCAGAGGAUGGGAGUUGACACUGCAAUGGCUGAAGGACAAUGAGCCUGAUGUGAUUAAAGAGCUGGAAAACAGCAGCGAGGCAGACAGUGAAGCCCCAGCAAGAAAGAGGUGCAGAAGCUCUGCAGAAGUGGAUCAGACAGACAGUGGCCUUGCAGCACCUAAUCUCAAGACCCUGUUCACCUUUGCCAGCAUGGAAAAAUGGGUCUCUGAUUUGGAAAACAGCCAGAAACACACUGAUGAGCUGAAAGCCAAACUUGCAGGUGGUCAAAUGGAGGCACUGAAAGAAAACCUGAAAGAUAAGAAGCUGAAAAAAAGUUUUUAUUUCAGCAUCAGUGAGGUUAAAAAAAUUGACAGUAACCGAAAACUUAAGUUAUUUUUACAGUCACAGGGUGUGGAGUUUCCUGACAUUGCGGUAGAUUUGUUUUUUGAGAGAGAUGCAGAGCUGAGGCCUCAAAAUGUUCGAAAGCAAGCAAAAAAACUCCAAAGAAAACCUCCAAAGCCUGAUUUAGAAGAUGACGCACCACCAGAGGGCACCACUGUGGACAUGCAGCAGAUUGUGAGUGCAAACAUGCAGUAUGAUUCCGGACUGGGCAGCAGUGAGCCUCAUGAGGCAGAGGAGAACAGGAAAGACUGGGCAGCAGAUAAAGACACAAUGACACAGGAGGUCAGUGACCAGGCAGCAGAUAAAGACACGAUGACACAGGAGCUCAGUGACCGGGCAGCAGAAAAAGACAAAACGCCACAGGAGCUCAGUGACCGGGCAGCAGAAAAAGACAAAACGCCACAAGAUCAGAAAGAAAACAAGUUGAAUAAACAUCACAGGCUGCUGUGUGAAUGGGUAAAGAAAAAAUGCCACAGUAAGGAAAACGUCAAAAAAACGUUCGACUGCAUUUCAAUUAAAAAUCAAGUGGUGCACAGUGAGUACCCGUGCUUCAUUGCAGAAAAGGUCAUGGUGUAUACAGACCCCCAAACUGGAGUAAGACAGAUCAUUGUCCCUGAUAAGAAGAAUGAGGCUGCCAAGAAAAACCUCUUAAAGGACACUAGAAUUUCCCUCAAUUAUCAUAUGUGGGUCUGUGGUGUUCAGAGUGCAGUGCUCAUCAAUCAGGAAGAAAAAGUCAUUCAUUAUGACCCGUCUUUUGAAGCCACUAUAAAACUGUGUGAAAGGUUGGUGUUUGAAGUCUUUGUCCCGACUCUAAUAUUGUUCAAGAACCUGCAGAGAGAGAUGUUCGACUCUCUCAUCACAACCACUAAAGAUCUCUACGGCGCUGACGUCGUGGACUCACAGGCAGAGUGAUUCAUUUACCUGCGUUCCAUGUCAUAUUUGAUUGGGAUUUGAAGUCUCUAUGCAGUAAAUGCCUGUUUGUUCUGCACAUCUCCACACAUACAAAGACAUUUUUUCCCCUUUCAUUCUGUCCACACAAGCCCUGAAAAGAAAAUUCAUGAAAAUGAAAACUGUCAGGCCGCUAAAGAGCAUGCCAGAACAUAAUGUAGUGUAGUGUGAUUCAAUUGCUUCACACACUUGCCUUAACAUUUUCAAAACCAGCUGUCUUGACAAUCCAAACGUUUGACGUCUGGCGUGAUCUCCCCUCAUCUGCUCCACAGCAGGGCAUGCGGGCGACUUUUCUAACACUGACAGGCGAUUUCAUUACAGUUGUCUGCUCUUCAACGUGCAGACGAAGCAGCUCACUCAACAACAACAGUGAUGUCCUUGACAAGCAAAGACUUUCUUGCCAUUCUUCUUCAACAAAUGCUUCGUUUUCAAAGUUGUAUCGUCUUGUCCAAAACUGGCGAUGUUGGUGGCAGGAUCGGUGUCGUGGGAGUGCUGGACCUAGCAGUGACCUCUUUAGCAGACUCCAACACCUCUGUUCUUCAGUGCAGCGUAGGGGAACCUGCAGAUUUAUGUGUAAACAUGUGACAAGUCCUCAUCUUCAAUCACACAAAACCAAGUGGUUGGUGUAGUGUAGUGGGUAACACCUGCCUGCUAUGCUGGGGAUCUACACACACACACCCCUAGUGGUGGACAGUAACUGAGUAAAUGU